CCGGGCGGAGCGGCGGCUGUAAACAAACCGGGCGGCGGGUGAUGGCGGUGGUUGUGGGUUUUGGUGUGGGGUUGUGAGUGGCAGUGUGUGCUGGGGCCGGCAGCUCCACGGUGCUCCCCGGGCAGGGCUGCGGCGGGACGGGGUCGGGGCUGGCGGCACACAUGGAUGACAGCAAGGUGGUUGGAGGCAAGGUAAAGAAACCAGGCAAGCGAGGUCGUAAACCAGCCAAGAUAGACUUGAAGGCAAAACUUGAAAGAAGUCGCCAGAGUGCAAGAGAGUGCAGAGCCAGGAAGAAGCUGAGGUACCAGUACCUGGAGGAGCUGGUUUCAAGCAGAGAGCGAGCCAUCUGCGCACUCAGAGAAGAGCUUGAGAUGUAUAAGCAGUGGUGCAUGGCGAUGGACCAAGGGAAAAUCCCCUCUGAAAUAAAAGCCCUGCUAACUGGAGAGGAGCAAGGCAAAGCACAGCAGAACUCAACAAAAUUAGCCAAGGCUGGGAAGACAGAAGCAAACAGCAGCAAUCCCUGAGGCCAAUGCAGAACCUUCAGCACUGCAGCAGAUAUAGCUUGGUAGCUAGCAGAAGAAUGCUGUUGUGAGAGAAGUGGAUGAAUCCCGAGAUGCAGGGGGAAGGAUCCCAGUCUCCUGUCUUCUCUUUGCUCCUCCCCACAUGCAACUCCUUGAUUAUGGUGUUCCUAAGCCUGUGCGGAAUGGGGCUUCUGGGUAUUUGUGUAAGCGGAGCUUUGUACUUCCUUUCUCUACACCAUCCUCCCCAAAUACAGCUAUGGCAGCUUUUGGGCAUUCCCAUUAAGAGAUGGGGGUUGCUUUUGUGUCAGAGCCCAGAAUUAGACUGUCUCUGUGGUUGUAGUUAUGUGGUUGGUAACUGUUACGGGAAUCUGAGAGGUUCUGUAAAAUAAAAACAAGAGGAGGAUCUCAUAACAACUUUGCUAAAGCCAAAUACAGUAUUGUAGGUCGAGGAGAAGGAACAGGAUCAAAAGCUUUCAGCAGUAAGGUUUACAAUAAUGUAAUUUGUAACCUACAUAAAGAUGUUGCUCUCAGCAUCCUUUUAUAAUGCAGCAUGGCUUUUAUGUGAUUGAGGAGAGGCACUAGAUAUAUUCUCUGCCCAUACUUCUUUCACAGGAUGUAUUUCCCACCCCAUGUGCUCCUGGUGAGAUAGUCAAAUCAUGUCCUUCAACCUUGCUUCUAGCAGUGGAACAGCCUCAGUCUCCUCCCACCCAUCAUGCCCUGCUAUCUUUCUGUAUCUAUCUACACUUUCAGCCCUAGUAUCUUUCUAGACUGCAACUUAAUAUGAAUUUUGCUAUGCUGUCCUUGUUUCCCAGCCAAAGAUAAUGCCAGGAAUUUGGAAGCAAGGAAAACAAGUUGCAUCAGUUUGGUUUUGUAGUAAGAGAGGUGAUGGCAAAUUCUUGCAGGUUGGUUUGCUCAUCUUAGGCAUUGGCAGAUAACCUGCCACUUUCUUUAGACUGCUCUUUCUUCUGCAUAUGCUUUUUGCAUUGAUGAGAUGCAGUGUGGAGAGUGUAGCUCUUAGGAUUUUCAAGUGGAGGUUUUGCUUUCUUAUUCUUUUGUUUGUGACAAUGUCUGUCUCUGUAUUAUAUGAAGUGCAUGGAACAUUUUUUAAUCUCAUAUUUUCUUCUUUGUUUCAUAGAAUAAAUAUUAUAAUGAAUGAC